ACAAUGCCGAGGGCGGGUCGAUCAUAGGGCUUAUCCCGCCUGUCCCGCCAUUCUCGCUAGUUCGAUCGGUAGCGGGAGCGGAGAGCGGACCCCAGAGAGCCCUGUGCAGCCCCACCGCCGCCGCCGGCCUAGUUACCAUCACAUAUCGGGAGGAGCCGCAGCUGCCGCAGCCGGCCCCAGUCACCACCACCGCAACCAUGAGCAGCGAGGCCGAAACCCAGCAGCCGCCCGCCGCCCCCCCCGCCGCCCCCGCCCUCAGCGCUGCCGACACCAAGCCCGGCACCACGGGCAGCGGCGCAGGGAGCGGUGGCCCGGGCGGCCUCACAUCGGCGGCGCCUGCCGGCGGGGACAAGAAGGUCAUCGCAACGAAGGUUUUGGGGACAGUAAAAUGGUUCAAUGUAAGAAACGGAUAUGGUUUCAUCAACAGGAAUGACACCAAAGAAGAUGUAUUUGUACACCAGACUGCCAUAAAGAAGAAUAACCCCAGGAAGUACCUUCGCAGUGUAGGAGAUGGAGAAACUGUGGAGUUUGAUGUUGUUGAAGGAGAAAAGGGUGCGGAGGCAGCAAAUGUUACAGGCCCUGGUGGAAUUCCAGUUCAAGGCAGUAAAUAUGCAGCAGACCGUAACCAUUACAGACGCUAUCCACGUCGCAGGGGUCCUCCACGCAAUUACCAGCAGAGUUACCAGAAUAGUGAGAGUGGGGAAAAGAAUGAGGGAUCGGAGAGUGCUCCUGAGGGCCAGGCCCAACAACGCCGGCCCUACCGCAGGCGAAGGUUCCCACCUUACUACAUGCGGAGACCCUAUGGGCGUCGACCACAGUAUUCCAACCCUCCUGUACAGGGAGAAGUGAUGGAGGGUGCUGACAACCAGGGUGCAGGAGAACAAGGUAGACCACCAGUAAGACAGAAUAUGUAUCGGGGUUAUAGACCACGAUUCCGCAGUUUAUACAACGUUGAUUCUAGGGGCCCUCCUCGCCAAAGACAGCCCAGAGAGGACGGCAAUGAAGAAGAUAAAGAGAAUCAAGGAGAUGAGACCCAAGGUCAGCAGCCGCCUCAACGUCGGUACCGCCGCAACUUCAAUUACCGACGCAGACGCCCAGAAAACCCUAAACCACAAGACGGCAAAGAGACAAAAGCAGCCGAUCCACCAGCUGAGAAUUCGUCCGCUCCCGAGGCUGAGCAGGGCGGGGCUGAGUAAAUGCCGGCUUACCAUCUCCACCAUCGUCCGG